GAUCAUCAACUAAUCACUUGACAUUCAUAAUUUUUUGCCAACCACUUUCCUUUUUAAUUGUUAUUCACCUAAUUACUUCUUAACCGUGUUAGUACAGAUAAAUAUAACAAUUUUAAUUUGCUAGUCAGGUAUGGAACAAUUUGUUGCUUCAGAGCAUCAACAUAUCCGUUACAAUCCUUUAAUUGAAGAGUGGAUUUUAGUUUCACCUCAUCGAGCCAAGAGACCUUGGAGUGGACAAUUGGAGAAACGUGAAGAUAAACCAGUCCCUGAGCAUGAUGAAAAGAAUCCACUUUGUCCAGGAUCAAUUAGAUCAAGUGGUCAACGGAAUCCAAAUUAUACAUCAACCUUUGUUUUUGACAAUGAUUUCCCUGCUUUACUAGAGUCUGUUCCUAGUCCUGGUGAGAGCAAAAAUUUCUUUUUCCAAUCGAAAGCAGCUGAGGGUAAAUGUAAAGUUAUUUGUUUUCACCCAAAAUCAAAUAUAACAUUACCCUUAAUGGAGAUUAAUGAGAUUGUCUCGGUUAUCAAGGUUUGGAUUGAUGAAAGUCAAACCCUUGGUAAAAAGUUCACUUGGGUUCAAAUAUUUGAAAACAAGGGUGAAAUGAUGGGCUGUUCCAAUCCUCACCCACACUGUCAAAUUUGGGCCUCGUCUUACAUACCUAAUGAACCAAGUAAGAAAGAUAGAUCACAAAAAUCUUACUACUCGAAGACUGGUAGACCAAUGUUAAUGGAUUAUCUCAAGGAAGAGUUAACCUCAGGAGAACGUCUUGUCAUCCAAAAUAAUCAUUGGGCUGUUGUGGUUCCUUACUGGGCAAUCUGGCCCUACGAAACGAUGAUUUUACCCAAGAAACAUGUGAGACGACUAGAAGACUUAGACGAAGACCAAAUUGUUGAUUUAGCUGAUAUAAUGAAAAGACUCACUACUCGUUAUGAUAAUCUAUUUCAAGUAUCUUUUCCCUACUCAAUGGGUUGGCAUGGUGCACCAACUGGUGAAUAUUGUGAUCAAAAUGUUGACUAUUGGACUCUCCACGCCGUCUAUUAUCCACCUCUACUUCGUUCUGCGACUAUUAAGAAGUUCAUGGUUGGAUAUGAAAUGUUGGCACAACCACAGAGAGACAUAACAGCUGAACAGGCAGCUGAAACAUUGAGCAAACUUUCUGAAAGACAUUACAAGCUGACUGAUUGAUCAAUCGUUUCAAUGAACUGAAUUUUUUUACAAUCAAUUUUUUCACAAUUACCAAACACCUUAUUUUGCUAUCUAUAUGGUCAAAUACAUUUUAUCACGGAUUGGACUUGAUUCAAAAGAUUGGCGCAAUUGUCGAACCAGUAUUGAAGACCAAAAAUAGUUCAAUUAAAAAGCAACUAUUAUAAUAUAAUAUCAAAGUACAAUAGACAUUUUAUAAAUGAUAAGAUUCCUCCCAUUACAAUCAAUCAAAAGGAUAUAAAAAUAUCAAGGGAGAGAGAGACAUUUGUCAUUAUAAAUACAUGUGUAUAUUAGGUUUGAUAUGGAUGAAUUAAUUGAGAAUUAAAGUGACAUAGAAUUGUGUUUGUA